AUGGGCCUCUUUAGCUCCAACAAGCUUCGUCAACCGCCACUCCCUGACUUAGCGAUACAACUCGAUGACACGGCCGAUAGAGUUUAUAGGCCAGACGAUAUCGUCAGAGGCCACGUCGUACUGACGCCCGUCGCAUCUAUUGAGCCCGAAGCGCUUAAAGUCUCACUGUUCGGGCAAUCGCUCAUAUGGUAUCGUCGGGAUGUAGGCUCCGGCAAUACCACUGAUUACCAUCAUUGGAGGGACAACGCACCACUAUUUGAGGUAGCUCAGGACGUUUUACACGCAGCAACCACCAAGACCAACGAGGAUAAGAAGAAGGAACCACAAGCUAUGUCGAAGUUCGAAGCAGGCCAAAUCUACACAUUUCCCUUUCAAUUCACGUUUCCUGCUGGGACUGGUACCACGCGCUAUGGCCAAUACGAAAAUGAUUCCGACCAGAAAUACGAUAUCGGACCCCAUGACUUACCUCCCAGCUUUCUAUUUACCAGAUUCAACAGGCCAACCGACGACGGCACAGAUGCAGACUUUGCCAAGAUCGAAUAUGGC